AUGGAUUCGGUCAUAAGCCGAAGCCAGUCUAUAAGUAGCACCUCAACUAUCAACAAAGAUUUAGUUGAGGGCACUUAUGGACCCUUUGAUGCAUUAUUUCCGAUAUACGAACAGAUGUCAAAAGUUAUCCAUUUACCUGCACCUUUCCUGUACUUGUCCCUUAUUAUUUUCAGUGUACAUAUAUUUACGCAAUCACUUUGGGCCAGGAAACUACUUGAAAUCAAAACUAGCGGGAUAGAUGAUAAAAUCAUUCGAAAGCUGUAUGAAUACUUUUUACUAAACGAUCCAGUCAACAAAUAUGAUGUCAAUAUGAUUGGUUUCUACGUUACCUUAUGCGUAUUUGGCUUAGCUUUGUUGAUCUUUUUUACUGUUUUUAUUCAAUACAAAGUUACAAUCAGCUUUAAUAAGCCCCUAUUGUAUCUUUUGAGGGGAUACUUCGAAAUUGUUGUUCCUGUCUUUCUUUUACCAUCAAUUGGCUAUGCCGGACAAUUUCUUGCUGGUGUUCUCAGAAAAGAGCUCGCUUUCAUCAAAAUCAUACUAUCAGUAAUAGGAUUAUUGAUCGCGCUUAUUCUCUUUCUCUUUUAUUAUUUCCAUUUCUCAGUUUUAGCGAAUUCUCCAUAUUUUUCACGUGGCCCAUUAUCAACAGUUAGAGGCUCAUACUAUACUAAUUUCAUUUUCUUAUCUUUUCUUUCCCAAUUUUUCAGUUAUGUCCUUGAACUGUUUCCGAAGUGGGCGGCUGUCAUAGGAUGUCUAUUAGAAUGUUCUGUAUUCAUUUACUUUGCUAUUAGAGGUGCCGAUCAACCUUACUUCAAUUUUAUGAUGAAUUCUUAUUUUUCAGCUUUAUUUACAACUUUGGCUGUUGUUAACUUCAUACAGGCGAUACAAGGAAUCUACUAUUUACAUGAUUCCAUUCCUUUGAUUGCUCUUCCGAUUGUUAUGAUUCCAUCCUUCAUUAUUUACACGAUUAUCUACAGGAAAACAAAGUCCCAAAUCAAGAAGCAUAUAAACGAAAUUCCAGAGGAUCAGCGUGAUUCCAUUCCUAUUAUUUCCGAAGAAUUUGACAAAAUUGGCUUAGAUUACAAGAUGAACUUAUAUGUUAAGUACUUAAUAGUUUCCUUGGAAAUGGCGAACGAAAUCUUUUUGGACAACGCAAUUUUCAAAUAUGGAAUUGAUAAGUACCACGAACCAGAGUUACACAGGAUAUUAUUGAUAUAUGCAGCUCAAAUACCAAGUUUUAAUAGAAUUCUUUCGUUCACGUACUCCGCUUUCUUCAGAUCUGCCAAAUUAAACUUCAUGAAUCGAUUUUUGAUCUAUACAAUCUUAAGAAUUGUAACAAUGAGACAAUCCUCAUCAAGCCAACAGUUCUCCCAGCGUGUUAUUGAAGUCAGACAGCUCACAAAAAGGUGCAGAGACUUAAUUAGAGGAUUUUUCCUACAGACACCAUCAAAUGCAUCAACAUACUACACUUUCUAUAAGGAAGCACAGACUACUGAGUACAGAUGGACCGAGUUAAUCAAUCAUUAUCCAAAUUCUUCAAAAGUUUAUGACGAAUACGGCGACUUUUUGAUAGAAAUCAUGACAGACUUCAGAAAUGCAACUGUUCAGAAGCAUAAAACAACUCUUCUUGAAGAUGGCCAUAGACUUCACAAAGAUUUUGCUUUUAUUAACUUCAUUCAUUGGUACCAGCACUACUUGAAGCGAGGAAUUGUUAAUUUGCAUGGUAAAGUCAUGGAGCAGAAGAAUAAAAAUGCUUCUUCUAACUCAACUCAAACAUCAAAAUCUGGAUUUACCGGAAACUCAACUUUGACAUCCUUAUCUCAGCUUAUGGAAAUAGCUCCAGAGGAAGAAGAAUUUUAUGCAAAAGCUCUAUUUUCUUCUCCAAAAUUAAGACUCGCAUAUCAAAGGUCAAUUGAAGAACGCCAAAGUUCUUGCGCCAAACCAAUGAAGAUCUGCAUAUUCUUGAUAAUGGCACUAUCGAUAGCUGUAAUGAUUGCAUGUGAUACAAUCGUAUCUCAAUUUUUCUCUCAGAGAGCUUCAUCUCUUGCCAAGGUUAAGUAUAUUAACUAUGCAAGGUUCUAUUCGUCCAUUUCUAGGUAUGCUUCUAUCAUUUAUUUCGCUACUCAGAAUGGAUAUUACACAAUUAACGAUUACGUUAAGAGCAAAGGUGCCAAAGACAAAAACAUGUCACCGUAUAUUAAUUUUACGGGAGAUUUCAGAGCUCAGGCCCUUUAUUACAAUUUUAUGUCACUUGAUUACUACAAUAGCUUCAUUUCAGAGAUUGUUAACUAUGCAAUGGCCGGCCAUGAUGUUUAUAAUGUUGCCGCUCCAUUCUUGAAACAAUCUUAUGCUGCAUAUUAUUGUACAUCAAAUGCAACUCUUCUAAACAAGACAAAGGACACAAAUAUCCAUGCUUUGUUCAGUUACAGAGCUAUUGCAGCCAAUUUGAUAUACAUUACAGAUGCAAAUCAAUGGAAUACAUCAAAAUUACUUUGUAACUCAUUAUCAAACGCUCCAUCAGUUGCAAAAGGACUAGAUGUAUUCAAUGAAAACGAACUGAACACAGAGAAUGAAGAUACAUUAGAUAAUUCUCAUAAAAUUGUUAUUUAUGAGAUUGCUUUUCCUCUUAGUUUAUUGUUUAUCAACAUUCUAUUGUUUGUUUGUCCAACAAUAGGAUAUUACGUCACUUUGAAGAAGACUCUUGAGAUUUUACAGUCAAUUCAACAAAAAGUGAAAGAAGAUUCAACAAUAAACAUAGGAAAAAGCAAUACAGAUGAUAACAGUGCUGUUUCUCCUCCUGAAUCUCAAAUAUUUGUUUAUAUAUUCAUAUUUGGAAUUCUUUUGAUUAUAAUUGUUCCUAUUUUUGCUUUAGUUACUUUUAAUGAAGCAAAAAGUGCCAACAAAAAAUUCGAAUCUUUGAUAGGUUGGAUGAACUUAGGAGGCGCAAGAGGUCCAUUACUUGCAGAAGGUCUUGAACACUUAACAAUUGCAGCAUUAUCUAAAACAAACGCCUUUUCUUAUAUCGAUUCCCAAUAUGAAUUAGAUCUCACAGAAAAAAUCAUUGCGAAAGUAAUGAAUUUCCAUGAAGUUGUAUCAGAAGGUUCUGAUAUAACUAAGCCAUGCAUUGGUUUUGACUCUGUUCUUGAUGAUCUACAAUACGAGAAUAUCUGUACAACAUCACAAGAAGCAACAGAGUUACAUGAAAGAUAUCGAUGCACAGCAUUAUCUCAAUUGUUUGGAUUCGUCAAAUCAAUCAUUGAUGACACUGUUGUUCGUUUUCCAUCAUUGACAGGAUUAGAUGAAACGAUAUUUACAGAGAUUUUCCAUUUAGAGAACACACACAUGUUCAAGAAGUUGUUUGAUGUCACAGAGCGUAUUGACUACCUCGGACAACACAACAAAGAUAGAUUUGAAAUUUUGUCAUUGAUUAUUUGUGUUAUUGGUUGUAUUUUAGCAGUUGUUGUUUUUAUGAUACACAUGUACAUGGCAUUACAAUUAGAUCACAUGUACAAGACAGCGAUGUCUAUAUUUAGAAGAAUUCCACCACUUUUGAUCACACAAAAUCAUAUGUUAAUGGAUUUCUUGUUGAAUAGAAUUAAGAAAGGAUCAAGUGAAUCAAUGACAUUUUCACAGAACAUUAUUUUCUCUUCUUCAAAUGGUGUUCUCUUGGUAAACAAAGCAGGUGUUGUCGAAAUGGUCAAUGACUCAGUGAAUGACAUCUUGGGAUAUGUUCCUGACCAAAUCUUAGGUCAACAAGCCGUGAUUUUGUUCACAGAAAAAGAUAGACCAAAAGUUCAACAACAAAUGGAUUUGAUGCAGGCAGGAGAAGCAAAAGAAGUCUUUGAUGACCACUUCGAAUGCAUUGCUGAUGAUUCAGCCAUUAUACAAUGCCAUGUCACAAUUCUUGCAUUGUCUUCCAAAGGAGAAGAAAUAAAUACAUACGUUUUCUUCAUUUCAGAUGAAAGCCAAAUUUUGAAGAAACAAGAACAGGCCGAACUCGCGAAGAAGAAGUCAGAAGAACUUUUAUUCCAGAUCCUUCCAAGAGAUAUCGUCUUCAAGCUCAACCAGGGUGAAAAGGAUAUUACAUUCACCGUUCCUUCAGCGACAAUCAUGUUCAUUGAUAUUGUCAGAUUUUCAGAUUACGCGGCAAAUUUGACGCCACAACAAAUCAUGGGAAAUCUGUCAUUGAUUUUUGACACUUUUGACAGACAUUUGACAGAUUAUCCAUUGAUCACAAAGAUCAAAUUGAUUGGUGAUGUGUACAUGUGUGCUGCUGGUUUGUUCACUCCAGACGGACAGCCACAAGAACAUGCACAACAAAUGCUGCAUUUCGCUAUCGAUUGUUUGCAAGAAAUUGAAAAUAUAAACGUGACCUUGGAAUCAAUGCUUGCAGUCAGAAUUGGUGUUAAUACAGGCGGUCCUUUGAUUGGAGGCAUCUUGGGUACUGAUAAGCCUGUAUUCGAUAUCAUUGGUGAUCCUAUUAACGUCGCAAGUAGAUUGCAAUCAACAGAUAUCCCUGGAAAAGUUCAAAUCCCUCAGUCUGUUUUUGACUUGGUUCACAAUUUGGAUUUCAACAUCGAAAAGAGAGGAGAAGUUUACCUUAAGGGUAAAGGAAAUGUAACUACUUAUUUGGUAUCUCCUGUCAAUAUAUUCAACAUGGCAUCUAAUAAUAUCACUUCUUCAAUGUUGAUAUUAUCAAUGAAACAAUAA